ACAUACAACUAAUCUCUACUUACCCGGCUACGUGGGUACGAUGUAGUUGCAGCACCAUUAACAGCCAGAGGCGCUGUUACUAAAACACAGCAUGGCGUCAAAAGAAGCGACGGUCUACAUAGUGGACUGUGGCAUGACAAUGGGCGAGACAAGCCACGGCCGGGCUCAAACCAACCUUGACUGGGCCUUGGAGUAUGUCUGGGACCGAAUUACGGCUACUAUUGCCACUGGUCGGAAGACUGCCAUGGCCGGCGUCGUGGGACUGCGGACCGACGGUACCUCCAACUUCCUGGAGAGUGAAAGUGAGUACGCCAACAUUACCGUCUUCCAAGACAUUGGGCAAGUGUUUAUGGCUCAGGUUCGGAGACUGCGAGGCGAGCUGGUCGUGUCAUCAACGGAUGCUGGCGAUGCCAUGUCUGCACUGAUCAUCGCAAUCCAGAUGAUUGUUAACACGUGUAAGAAGCUCAAGUAUGAGCGGAAGAUCGUACUUAUCACCGAUGCCCGGGGAUCAAUGCAGGCCGAUGAUCUGGAAGCAGUUGUCGAGAAACUCAAAGAAGACGCCACCCAGCUUGUUGUCCUUGGCGUUGACUUCGACGAUCCGGAGUACGGCUUCAAGGAGGAAGAUAAACCUACCAGCAAAGCCGAAAACGAGGCUAUCCUCAAGCAGCUAUGCCAAGAUUGUGGCGGCACUUUUGGUACGCUGGCUCAAGCUGUCGAUGAGCUUAGUGUUCCGCGUGUCAAGUCUGUGAGACCGACGCCGUCAUACAAAGGCUCUCUUACGCUUGGCAAUCCUCAGGAAUUCGAUACCGCGCUUUCUAUCGACGUCGAGCGUUAUCCAAAGACGAUGACUGCACCUGCGCAGUCUGCGUCGAGGUUCGUCGUCAGAAGCGAUCUAGCACCGAGUGAAGUAAUGCAGGCCACGCAAACUCUCGACGGUGAAGCAGCGCCCAACGGUUACAGUGAGGGUCUAUCGGCGGUCAAGAAUGCAUUGAGCUAUCAGGUCGACGAUGAGAAUGCUCCUGGCGGCAAGCGCGACAUUGAUCGUGAUGAGCUAGCCAAGGGUUAUGAGUACGGUCGUACUGCCGUGCAUAUUUCAGAGAGCGAUCGAAAUGUAACAACGUAUGAGACCGUGCCUUCUUUCGACAUCAUUGGCUUUGUCGACAAGAGCCAGUAUGAACGCUGGAUGGACAUGACCCGUGCCGCCCUUACUAUCGCGCAAAGGGGCAAUGACAAAGCGAUCAUGGCUCUUUCUUCCUUCAUUCAUGCACUCUAUGAGCUCGAGUCAUACGCUGUUGCCCGCUUAGUGAAGAAGGAGAACAACGAGCCUCGUAUCGUGCUUGUGGCUCCCUGCAUUGAGCCAGACUUGGAAUGCCUCUACGAUGUCGAGCUGCCCUUUACGGAGGACCUCCGCAGCUACAAGUUUCCGCCCCUUGACCGAAUCAUCACCGUGAGCGGCAAGGAGCUUAAGGUUCACCGCAAUCUGCCCAACGAAGACCUGCAAGCUGCUAUGAGCGACUACGUCGACAGUAUGGACCUUGCCACCUUUGGCACAAACGAUGAAGGAGAGCCGACAGAGUACAUGCCAAUGGACGAGACCUUCUCCCCGAUGCUACAUCGCAUCCAGCAAGUGAUUAAGCACCGUGCCGUCUUCCCAGAGAGCGAACCACCUCCACCUGCUGACGUCCUUGUUCGGUACUCGCACUCUCCGGCCGAACUAGUACAGCAAUCAAAGUCGGCGCUCUCGCGCGUGGUCAAGGCCGCAGAUGUCAAGAAGGUGCCGCCCAAGGCCCGCGGCCGUCGAUUCGGUCGUGGAAAGGAAGCUCCAAAGCCGCUUUCAGACCUCGAUGUCGGUGCGCUCUUAGCAAAAGAUAUGAAGCGCAAGCGGAGACGGAUCGAUCCCGAUAACGCGAUUCCGGAAUUCAAGCAGCUAAUCGACGCGCAGGAUACCGAAGAGGCUCUGGACGUUGUUCACGACGCAUGUAAGCAGUUCAAAGACAUCAUAUGUGACUGGAUCAAGCAUUCUGUCGGAAACUCUGGGUACGGGCGGGCUAUUGAAGGUAUUCGAGUCAUGCGAGAGAACAUGGCCGAGAUUGAUGAAGCCGGUUUCUUCAACGAAGUUCUAAGAGACAUCAAGGCGAAGCUGCUCGGUGGCGAACUCGGAGAUGGCCGGAGCGAGAUGUGGUACAUGGUCCGUGUCAACAAGCUGGGCUUGCUCCAAGACCAGGACGCCACAAACGGGGUUUCGGCGGAGGAAGCUAAAGCGUUCCUGACGGCGAAGUGACCACGUCAGCGGUCGGGGACAGCCAGCAGCGUGAAGAUUCAGCGCGGUAUCAAUGAGGGGAUGUCGUGAUACGCCAUUCAUCGAAACGGUACGUGCGCGCCUCGUACUGCCAGUUGGUAGUGGCACAGUCGCAUUGUCGCGCCAUC